AUGAAAAAGAGAUCCGAUGAAAAGGGAAAAGUUAGCUCCGAGAGACGUCGGCUCGUCGAGGAAUUGCACGCUCUGGCGAGAAGAAAUUUUCCGCGAAGACGCGUCAUACUCCGGGGAUAUGAUGAUCUGUGGCAGGCUGACAUAGUCGAGAUGCAUCCACACUCGCGUUUCAACAGAGGCCAUCAUUACAUACUCAUCGAUGUGUUGAGCAAGUACGCGUGGGCCGUACCGCUCAAGAGCAAAGGUGGAAGCGAGACGGCUGAAGCUAUCGCUGAGAUAAUUCGAAAGAGCAAAAGAUAUUCAAAAAAUCUACAAACCGAUAUGGGAAAAGAAUUUUACAACGUUGAUCUGCAAUGGCUCUUGAAAAAACACAACAUCAAUCAUUAUUCAACGUACUCCGUAAUGAAGGCAUCAGUCGUCGAGCGAUUCAAUUGCACAUUAAGGGGGGAUCCCGGUUUAGAAGGUCAAAAAAAUCUAUUUUUGUUUUAUUGCAUAAAUCGAUAG